AUGACGGGAGCCGUUCCCGGCAUAAUCGACGACGAUUGGCGCGAGCCGUUCCACCCUCGGACCGCGCGAGUUCUCGAGAUGGGAGGCGGUCACGGGUCGGGAGGCGACGCGAACGCCAUCCCCGUCGCCGUCGUGGUCGCGGACGACGAUCCGCCCGGGGAUCGAGCCGACGACGUCCCAGUCGCCGCCGUCGCCUCGCCGGCGCCGUCCCCGAAAAAGGCACCACCUCCCAAUUCGGGGGCGUCGCCGUGCCCCGAGGUGGCCGAGCUCGCGCACCUCCGACGCCUCGUCGCCAAGGGCGUCCCGCUGACGGUGGCCCAGGCGGGACGGGCCAGACGACUCAUCGCCGCGCUCGUCCACGGGCCCCACUGCAGUCGCCUGGCGGACGCGUCGCUGAACCUCGCGGCUCCCGCCAAGCCGGUGUGGCCUCCGCCCGGCGGUGUCGGACCGACCGUCCCGAUACGCUCCAGGCUGCGACUCGCGCAGGAGCUCAUCACCGCGUUGCAGUACAACCACACCGACGCGGUCACCUACUUCACCGUCGACAAGGCGAGGCCCACGUGCCGCGUGAUGGACACCGCGCGAGACAUCAUCCGGCACGGGUUGCCCAUUCGAUGCGUCGAGGCUGUGUUUUUGGCGAUGUACCUCACCGCGGGGUGGAAAGAGGUGGAACGGAUCCCGCUGCGCAUGCGGAGCGUGGUCGUCGACGACGAGGGCGUCGAGCGCUCGCACGCGCACAUCGUGUUGCUCAUCCGCGAGCGAGCGCUCGACGAGACAGGCGCGGUCCGAGACAACCUCAUUGACGAGGCUUCGAAAGGACGCGUCGAUGAAACAGAUCGGUCAAACGGCGAUGAAACCCCGUCGAAAGGACGAUCGAUCAGGUACGGGGCGCUGGGAACGAGCAGGCGGGACGAGCUCGCGUACGUCCCGUUCGGCGCGCCCACGUUGACGACGGUGCUGGAGCACUACAGGGCCGGUUACGCCAAGUGGAGGCAUCGGUUGGUCGGCGUCAAGAUCGGCCUCCCCGUGGAACACGACACCCGGGCAUCGUCGCCGGUGUGUUGGAGACACGUCGCCGUGGAGUGCGGGGGCGACGGGUGGGACGCCGCGAUGCGCACGCUCGAGGCGCACGACGCGCGGUGCUGCGGCGGCGGCGUCGGCACCCGGAGGCACUACGACAAGUGGAGAUGCGACGGGCAGAUGUGGACAAACGACGCGGACAAAUUAUUAGUUCGGCGGAGGGAGCGGGAUGGCGGAUGGAGCGGCCGGUCGGGGGGAGGGGACGCGGGCGGGCGGCGGGCGGCGGGCGGGAGGUUUCCCGUCGCGUCGUCGCCGGUGAAAUCGCCGGGGGGGCAGAAGCGCACGAGCAGAAGCGCGCGAGCGGCGGCGUAG